CGAGAACUACCUGCGAUGAUGACAAGAAUAUUCUGCAAGGAGUUCUAGUCUCCUUCAGCUGCAAGUGACCAUGGGCUCAUGAUGAUCUUUGACUUUCCAUCGGUAACCCCCUCAGGUUACCAUGGUCCCUUUAUAAAAGCAACACAUACAUUUGCAGCUUUGACUACUCACUGUCUAUACAACGACCUAAAAUUCACCCUGCACGAAAAAUUCGUUUCACACACGACACAAUGGUCAAGCAACUUUUUCUGCUGGUAGCUAUGGCUCUAAUAAUAUGUAGCCUUCCCAUGGCAUUCGCUGUAGAGGGAAAAUUGACGUAUGCGCCAUCCAAACGAAACCGAAGUCUGAACCUGAUAUCUCCGCCGGGUGCGACUUGCAUAAUAUUGAAAUUGCCCACCUGGUACAUCAUCAAUGAUACGAGCGCGAGCAUAACAACAUUUGGAGAUGCUAACUGUCAAGAAGUUUUGCGUAUCAUCAUUCCCGGAGAAGAAUGGGAGACACAAAUGUCUGACGAGCCUGUGGUUGCACUAGUGUUUCACAGAGACAAUUGAUUGAUAGUCAAAUUACUGGCUAUUGACAACCAAGCUAUUUAUGUAAUUCUUUAUUGACGGUC